CACACAUUAUUUUCUCUCUCUCUCUCUCUCUCUCGGGUUCAGUAUUUCAUUUGAAGCACAAGCUCAUCAUGGCUGAUGUUCUGAGUGAAGAACAAAUCGUUGAGAUCAAAGAAGCCUUUGGCUUGUUUGACAAAGAUGGAGAUGGGUGCAUUACUGUGGAAGAAUUGGCCACUGUCAUCAGAUCAUUGGAUCAGAAUCCUACAGAAGAAGAGCUCCAAGACAUGAUAAACGAGGUCGAUGCAGAUGGCAAUGGAACCAUAGAAUUUGUUGAGUUUUUGAACUUAAUGGCCAGGAAAAUGAAAGAGACUGAUGCAGAGGAAGAUCUCAAAGAGGCUUUCAAGGUGUUUGACAAAGAUCAAAAUGGCUACAUUUCAGCUAGUGAGCUGAGACACGUAAUGAUCAAUCUGGGUGAAAAACUUACUGAUGAGGAGGUGGAGCAGAUGAUUAAAGAAGCAGAUUUGGAUGGUGAUGGUCAAGUUAACUAUGAUGAAUUUGUCAAGAUGAUGAUGAAUAUUGGAUGAAACUUUCACCCAACACAUUUCUUAUUCAAAUUCAUUUGGACCCAACUCAUUCCCUCGCCAGAAAUAAGUGUUCCAGUUAAUAUUUGUUGUACUCUUUUUGUAGCCCAUGAUGUGAAUGACCAACGCAUUAGAGUGAGAUCUAAGCCACACCAUUUGAUUUGUUCAACUCCAAACCAUAAUUAUUCUUUCUGUUUUAGCUUACUAUUCCCUUAUGUUUUAAAAUAACUAGGAUAAUUUACCCUCUAUUUUUAACGGGUAUUUAAAUUUUAUUGUUCAUCUUUUAAAAGAUUAAUAUAUGCUUCGAUUUAUUUUGUU